AUGCGUGCCUUGACAGCUUUGCCGAAGAAAAAUCAACUCCAAGUUGGCCACCGAGCAGAACCCGUUGCGGGACAGGUGUUCUCGUCCUCCGACGAAAGUUUGGACGAAAAGAACGACGCGGAAAUUUUUCGCGCUGUCGUCGAGUCAAUGAGACAAUGGAUGCUUCACAAAAAAGUUAAUCACAGAGGAAAAAGAGAGGUAUCCAAAGUUUGCUAUGAGGACAUCGGGUGCUUCGAAGAUACUGGACCCUUCAGUUAUCUAGAGAUGCUACCGUCACCGCCAAAGGACGUCGGAACUAGGUUCCUCGUAUAUGGAAGUAGAAAGGCAAGAUCGAUCCCCAUGGAAGUGCCCGCCGAUAACAUAAAUGAUAAUGUCCGCCGUGCCAUAGAUCCUAAUCUUCCAACCAAAGUAAUUGUACAUGGAUUUGGAAGCGAUUGUAACCAUUUAUGGGUUUACGAUAUGCGAUCCGCGUUAAUGAGCAUCCACGAUUGCAAUAUAGUUUGCGUGGAUUGGGGACCUGGCAGCGCUGUACCUAAUUACGUAAGGGCAGCGGCCAACACACGAUUAGUUGGCCGACAAUUGGCAAAAUUAAUUCGUAGUUUAAACGUGCCGCUGGAAAAAGUGCACUUAAUAGGAUUCAGUCUGGGAGCUCACGUAGCCGGAUUCGCCGGUGCUGAGCUCGAAAAUGUCUCCAGAAUUACCGGACUCGAUCCUGCAGGGCCACUUUUCGAGUCGCAUGAUCCGAGAGUUCGUCUGGACGCAACAGAUGCAAAUUUCGUUGAUGUUAUUCAUAGCAACGGUGAGCAGCUUAUCUUGGGUGGACUCGGCUCAUGGCAGCCCAUGGGCGACGUGGACUAUUAUCCGAAUGGUGGAAAAAUGCAAAGUGGAUGUUCGAAUAUCUUUGUCGGUGCCGUUUCUGAUAUUAUUUGGUCAAGCGCGGUCGAGGGCAGAUCAUUGUGCAACCAUCGGCGAGCAUACAAGUUCUUCACUGACUCCGUAAGUCCGAAAUGCCGAUUUCCAGCGUUUCCCUGUGAACAAGGGUACGAUGGCCUAUUGAAGGGUGACUGUUUCCCCUGCGGCAUGGACGGUACGGAUCGACCCUGCGGCGACAUGGGUUAUUACAGCAACGAGUCACCUGCCAGGGGCCAGCUUUACUUAGUGACGAGAGACGAAGAGCCUUUUUGCGCUCAUCAAUAUCAGAUCAAGGUUUACAACAGCCGCAGCGAGAGAUCCACCAAAACCUAUGGCAAACUUCAGAUUACGCUUGUAGGUAAAGGUUCUUACAACGACACGUUUGCGAUGACUCGCAAGGACGAAGAACUUUUGGUCGGAGCCAUUCUUCAAAAAAUUGUCGUACCGCAUCCUGCAGUCACGUAUCUCGAAGCGAUCGAAAUCAAAUACACGGCGUACAGCGGCUGGAUAUCGUCCGGCUUGGUGUCCUGGACCAUUGACAAGGUGGCUAUAAUCGACAGUUUCGGCAAGAUUCUGUCGGUUUGUAAGAAGGGCUUAAUUCUAGAAUCCGGUCGAUCAGUUUAUCUACCCCUUUACCCCGGUGAAUGUAACAUACCUUUGGACACCGACAACUCCACUGUGUCUUCCUCAGUACCGAUACUCGAACACGUAGAGAUGGAGGACAAACAGGGUGGCAUAGGACCCUUCACGAAGGAGCAAAACUACGAGACGAAGGAUUCUCCAGGAUACUCCGUGGAGAUCCUGUCGACAGACAGAACGCCGCUGAGGCGAAAUCUCGGUCCAUUCACGAAAGAGCAGAAUCGACGCGUCUCUGAGAUCGAGACGGUGACGACCUUCAAAGAGGCAGAGAAACGGCGCAACGCCGCGAACCCGUGGAUCAUCCUGGACAUAUCCGGUGACGGCGACUCGAACUCGCUGGAAAACGCCGAGUCGGAACAAGGACGAAGCUUCUCCGGUGCUACGAACUUGAUCUAUCAUGCCUCGACAGUGUCCGAGCAUGUUGCUGAAACCACUGUGACUACCGUCGCAACUACGACGGAGUACUUGCCGGAAAUCAAAGAACCGGUGUUGCGUCCGAGUAAGAAGGAUGCCGGUCGAUCACUCAAGUUGCCUGAAAUCACAGAACCAAUCCUACAUCCACGUGCUACCAGACACAACACGCGAAACGAGGUGGUACUACACGACGAGAUACAGGAAACGUCAUCGACAUCCACGAGAGCGUUCACCGUGCAGUUUCUACCCGAGCGAUUGGCCGGUAUCCUGGCGCAGGCGGAACGAUACGCUCGACAGACUCUGCUGCCCCUGAUCUCGCAGUACACACCAAGCUUUGUAACCGGUAUACGGCACGAAGAGCCCAAAUAUUUUCCUCUUUUGAGUGAUAUAGUGCGUCCAAGAAGUGUUGAUAACACUGCAGAGACCAGUAAGACGACUAGUCGACCAUGGAAUGGCGAUCAAAUUCUACGGGUAGAAAUCGGCCAGCGUAAGUCCGAGAAGUCAUUCAAUCUUGACGAUAAACGUUAUGAAGAGUCCACUUCGAGCGUUCAAACGGAGAAGAACAAGGACGAGCAUACUGUAUCGAGAGCUGAGGAAUCGCCAAUGAUAGUCGAGGCUAUGCAUCCAGAGAAAACAGCCAGCACCAAUUCUACCGGUCUCGAGACGAAAGCAGCGAGCAAGGAUAGCGAUUGGCAGCCAAUUGGUGAACCGAUUGUUAAAUCGACCUUGAAGAACUUUCCGUCGCGAAGAGACUCAAAUGUUUCGCGAUCGCUAGAUUGGUCGAUUGAUCAUAGUCAUGACUGGACCGUGCAAAAGGCGAACUCAAAUAUAGAAACUGAAAUUAAGUCUGACAACGACUGGGUGCCGAUCACUAUCCAGGUCAAGAGCGACGCUAUCUCGACGACUGUGCGAAUUGCGACGUCGAGUGAGGAAACGGUGACGGCAACGACCCCGACGUUGAAAAUCGAUACCAUCGACAAUUCGCGGAAAUCCGUUGAAGAUAGUGUUCUCGACGAGACGACAAAGGAAGCCACGAUCGCGAACAUGUAUGAGAGGAAAUUCAUACCUCUGAUUGACUUGGAAGCGACUACCAGCGACCUGCCCUCAUCAACCGACACUAGCGAUGUUUCAAGUUCUACGACGAUUGCCACGCAUAUCCAGAAGAUUCCGCGAUAUAAGACAACAAAAAGUGCCAGAACAAUAAUACACCCUACGAUGAUGUUCCCAUACGCUUACGAGCGAAAAAAUGAUCCUAGAACGAGAUAUAUACCGUUAAUCCCAGAAGAGGAUAUGGGCAGAGCUUAUCCGAUGUUUGAAAGGGAUCGUUAAUAUU